GUAAUAAAACAUCAGCUUGGCAACAUUGUAUAACAAUAGAUAGUAGAGGUUAACAUACAAUCAUUCAUAUAAUUAUAUAUUUGGGGUAUGAGAAACUGAAUUUGAAUAAUAAAAAUGGUUGAAAGUGGUAAUCAUAAUGUUGAUCAAUUGGAUGGAUUAUCUGAUGGAACGACGAAACUUUAUAUGUCAAAAAAAGAUACUCCAUUUGUAUAUUUUUGCGCAAUAACAGCAAGUCUACUGGUAUUCACUGGUUGUUCCAGCAUAGUAUGGUCUUCACCAGUUAUCCCCAAAUUAAAAUCGACCAACGACGUUGAUAAUCCAUUGGGGAAGCCCAUAUCACCGUUUGAGACUUCUCUAAUAACCGGUUUACCAUCUUUUGUAGCAAUAUUAGGUAACAUUAUUUUCGCUCAAGUACCGAAUGCUGUCGGUAGAAAGAACUCUUUAUUAUUGGUAUCGUUAGGAAUGAUGAUAUCUCUGGUUGUUAUAGCAUUUGGAAGACACGUGUACGUUUACUCUGCUGGUUUAUGUUUUUUAUUUAUAUGCGUAGCUGGAGUUUACGUUGUUUUACCGCUAUAUUUAAGCGAGAUAUCGGAGCCUCAUAACCGUGGUAGAAUAUUGAGCCUCAUAGGAGUUUUAAUGCCUUUGGGUAAUCUUUAUGGUUACGUAUUAGGCCCUCUAACUUCUGUAAGAAAUUUCACUUUACUACUCACUUUACCGCUCGUAAUUCAUUCUAUUGUUGUUUAUUUGGUUUUGCCGGAAUCUCCUGUUUACUUAAUUUCGAAAAAUAAUAUUCCCGCGGCAUUGGUGGCGUUAAUUAGUUUAAGAAGAAAUAAAAAUGUUGUACGUAUUAAUGAAGAUUGUAGAUGUAUUGAAUAUAAUCUUAAAUCUAGGGAAAAUAAUAACCAAUCUGGUUUAAUGGCAUUAUUUAAAAACAAAAGCGUCCGUAGAGCUUUAUUAAUUUCUCUAGGUAUAAAUCUUACGCAACAAUUGUCGGGGGUGAUAAGUAUUUUAAAAUUUCUCGCACCUAUUUUUAAUAAUGUCAGUUCUUCUUUUUCGGGUAAUAACUUAGCUGUCAUGGUGGCAGUAAUUAAGUUCAUUAGUUUUUUCCUCAGUACUGUUUUAGUUGAGAAAUGUGGACGAAAACCUUUGUUGUUAAUUUCAUCUUUUGGCAGCUGCAUUUCUCUAUUUCUAAUCGGGAUCUAUUUUUUCUUACAAAAUAAUGAUUCUAACGCAAAUAUCGCAACUUUGAGCUGGUUACCUCUCUCAUCGGUAUUGCUUUUUAAUUUUAUGUACGCAUUAGGUAUAGGUACUCUAUCUAUAACUGUUAUGAAUGAAUUAUUUCCUGUAGAUGUAAGAGCUGCGGGUUGCGCUUUCGUCUUCACUGUAUGUUAUCUAUUAGGAGCUUCCCAAGUUUUUCUUUUUCCUUUAAUUAGUGAAUAUUAUGGAGUACAGUACUGUAUUUGGUCUUUCAGUUUUUUCUGUUUCAUGGGGUUCACUUUUAUGUGUUUCAUGUUACCGGAAACGAAAGGUAAGAGCUACGCAGAUAUUCAAAUUUUGUUAAAUAGGCUAUAGGAUAAUGAAAUUUCAUGAUACAUCAAGAAAUUCGCAGUUUUAUAAGGGAAUUCUAGUCCUGAACGUCAGUUUAAACCACAGAUAUCAACUUUUUCACGUUUUAUCGAUGGCGUUUAUCGACAAAAUUUAUUACAGCUCGUUUUGAACCUUGGCUUCCUCGACAAAUCAUCUCCAAACUGGUCUGUUCGUCACCAAUCCUCUUACAUUCAUUUCUUGUGAGCCAUCGUGAACUUGAUCAGUUCAUCUGGUAGGGGUCUACCUCUUUUUCUACUGCUGUAUAUUUCGACAUUCAUCCGCUUGUCCUCCAUUCUUUGAAUGUAGCCAAAUCAUAACAAUCUCUGUGCUUUAAUGAAUCGUACAAUGUUUUUAUUGCCUGGUAUUUCAUCGAUUUGUCCAUUAUUUCAGGUUUUCCACUCUGCUUCUUUCAUAUAUUAUUCAUUACCCAACAUUCACUGCCAUAAGUUUCGAUUAUUAUUAGAGUCCUGUAGAUUUUCAACUUCGUUCUUCAUUAUGUUCGAGAUAUUUAAAAGUUAUUGACACCUUUGAAAGUUUUACUAUCUAAAAUUCCAACCUAGCUUAACAAACGUCAGUUUGAACCACAGAUAUCUUCUUUUUCGCGUUUUAUAGAUGGCGCUUAACGACAAGCUUAGGUUUAAACAUUACCCACGGUUUGGGGGCAGCUUGAACUUUAGUCUAAUAUCAAACUGAGAAUUCCAAUUUUAUCUUACCUUACCAAUUGACACUACGGCUCGUUAUGAGUCUUGGCCUCCUCGAUAAUUCACCUCCAAAUUGGUAUUUUCUUCCCCAUCGUUCUGGUGGGUAGGAAUAUCAAAAUGGUAUGUACGUUUCAAGAUCUGUUUUUGAUAUAUGAUGUUCACCAUUUUUAACGUGAUAUUACCUAGUCUGUCUUUUAGAAAUCGUUAAGCUAUGUGUAGAGCUGGGCAGAAUACUGUGCUAAAGUAAACAUGAAUACCUUUAAAAAUUACUCAAAAUUAUUCGAGUACGAUCAAUUCUAUGAAUAAUUUUACAAAUUUUAGAGAGUGCUGGUUAAAAAAAUGAGUAACUAGAAAGAUUACUUACAAGAUAAUAAUUCUUGUCAUUUCUUGUGUACCAGUUUGGGCGUCGGUCGGUAACUCGGUAGACUACACUUUUCGAGUACUAAGUACAUCAAAAUAAAAGUACUCAUGAUUAUAAAUACUGAAGUACUUUAAGUACUAAUAAUAUUCACUUGAGUACUUGCCAGCUUUGUUGUGUGGCAUCCAACGAGUAAGCAGUUUUCACGUGACAAGAUGAUCGUUUAAAAUUGAAAUUACUGUUGUGGAUUCAACACUAAGAGCCAUUUUAAUCGCUUGAUAGGUUCAUCUUCGACAUGAAAUGUUCAUUGCAACCGUUCCAGACUUUGUCGUUUGUACUUAAACCGAACUUAAAAUAAUUGAGCGUACAAAAUAUAAUGGUAUAUAAAAUACAGUGUUGUCAGAUUUAACACCUCCAGUUUCGUGGUAUCUUAUAAUAUUCAUAGUGGCCCUUAUUAUAGUAUUUUCAAUGUCAAAUGUACAAUUUUUUCGUUUAUUUCCGUAUGCAACGAAUUUUAUCGUAAUUUAUUUACAUAUAACUUUUUUGUAUUAAAUAAUUUUUAUAGUUUUAUAUGUAAAACAAAUAUAUAUUGUAAUAUAUAGAUUGUCGCUGUAA